GAUCCUUCCAGUCGCCUCGCCGGCGUGGCCCGGACGCGUUCCCAAACGGAGUCAUAAAUUACACAAAAAAAAAAAAAGAAAAUAAACCACCAUUUCCUUCCUAGUGCAAGGAAAUACGGUGGUGUGUAAUAAAAUAAUUUCGCGUUCUUAACACGAGUGGUUAAUUGCGUUGAGAUAUAUCUCGUGUCAUUGAUGGAUCGUAAAAUUUGUGAUUUUCCAACACAAGGAAGUGAUAAAUCGAGUCAGUGAUGUGUUCAGUGAUAUUAAAGAGCUUUUAAAUAAAUAUCGUAUAGUGACGUAACCAAUUUCGCGAUUUUCUGCAUACUUUCACAGCGUUCGCUUAGUUCCCGGCUUAGUUUGUUAGAAAUUUUCAUUACUAUUUUUGAUAAGGAGGCAAACAAAGAGUUACAGUUUUUAGCAUGAAACAUAUACGAAAUAUAUAAUUUAUAAACAGUGGUACAUAUAUAAAAAUGAAUUCGCGUGACUACUACAAAGUAACAUAUAGCACUAUAGACUCUGAAAAUUCUCAAACUUCCAUCGACAAUGUGCUCGACAAUGACACUGAAUUCAAUGCGAAUCAGUUCAAGUUGUAUGACGAUUUCACAACGGAUCUACGUAUCAACUUUAAUCCGAUAAGAAAUAACUACCAUGAACUGGCCAGAACAGAUGUCGGUAGAAGGAGGGGCGACCCAAACGACUCCGGCGUUGAUAUGGAAAAUGGCAACCCUCUAGACGACGUAGCAAGGUCUAAUGACAGUGAAUUGUUGGAGAACGAAGUGAUGGUAGAUCCUUGGAGCAGCAUGGACUCCUCGAAUUCACCGUUAACCGACUCCGGACCGUCAGCCAGCGAAGACUGCACCCCUUCAACAUCAAGUGAACCCCUUCGAGAACCUCUCGGCGCGUCUUCUCCCCUCUCUCCCGAUUCGCGUCGCUUACCGGUCCCAAAAGAUGCCAAAACCCUUCCUGUUAGAAAUGUUCCCUCGAAGACAGCAGACAAGGCGCGAUCUCGGGACCUGACACUUCAAUUGGAGACACUAGAGCCCGAUCCACUCCCACGCCGACCCCAUUUCCUUGAUGAAGACUAUCAACUGCCCACCAAAUCGAACAUCGAAUGCCGAAUUCUAAAACCACAUUUUCUCGAUCAUUCGCCAUCUCCCGACGAAUUCGAUGAACGCAGUGAUAUCACAAAUCCUAAUUUUUUGGAUGACGAAGUCGAUGGCGAUGAUAAUUUAGCACAGAAAAAAGCCGGCGCUUUUCCAAAAAGACCACAGAAGACUCCACCUUCAUAUUUAGCUCAAGAUGAUCGGCCUCAUACAACCAGUUAUAGAAGUACUUUACAUUAUGGCCUUGAAAGUGUUGCAAGAUCGAACGAACGUGAUAAACGAGCAUCCCAGCUCUACAGAGGGACCUGGCCAGGAGAACGUGACGUAUGGACAGCUCAUGAUUCUUCCAGCGUUCGCAGCUUUUCUAGCAAUGGAUCAGCGGAAGGAGCAAGACCUUCUUCUAAUUUAGAAAAUAAAAUGGAAUGUGUUUACUCAUUGAUUUCAUUGUUAAGUUUAUCCCCAGAAAAUAAUGCAGAUCUAAGUGGACCUCUAUUAGAAAUGAGCCGUUCGGCAGAAAGUUGUGUCGCUAUGAGGCAGUCAGGGUGUAUUCCUUUAUUAGUACAGUUAAUACAUUCAAAAGUGCCGAGAGAAACUCGAGAUCGUGCUGCUAAAGCGCUACGUAAUAUUAUUCUCACGCAAACGGAUGACAAAUCUGGUAGACGAGAAGCAAGAGUAUGGAGGUUAUUAGAGCAGGUUAGAGAAUAUUGUUAUGUAUUAGAACAAGUUGUAGAAACAAGAAAAGAGGGAAAAGAAAUUAUAGAAGAUGAUGUCAGUAAACACCCGAGUCAGAGUGUCGCUGCUUUGAUGAAGUUAUCCUUCGACGAAGAGCAUAGACAUGUUGUAUGUCAAUUAGGAGGCUUGCAGGCACUUGCAGCUUUAGUUAGCGGGGAUCAAGCUGCACAUGGUAGUGGGACUGAUGACAACACCUGUUUAACUAUGAGAAAGUAUGCAGGAAUGACAUUAACAAAUCUUACAUUUGGAGACGGAAACAACAAAUCUCUUUUAUGUUCAUUCAAAGAUUUUAUGUUAGCUCUAGUUGAACAACUGGAAUCGCCAAACGACGAUAUGCGUCAGGUGACUGCCGCAGUACUCCGGAAUCUAUCUUGGCGAGCAGACCCCAAUAGCAAACAAGUCUUAAGAGAAGUAGGUGCUGUUAAAGGCCUCACAAAGGCUGCCAUGACUUGUCAAAAGGAAGCUACUCUAAAAUCAGUCCUAUCAGCCUUAUGGAAUUUAACUGCCCAUUGUUCUAUGAAUAAAGUAGCGUUGUGCUCAGUAGAUGGAGCCUUGGGUUUUCUUGUAGAUAUGCUCAGUUAUAAUUCACCAACGAAAACGUUAGCAAUAGUGGAAAAUGCAGGUGGAAUUAUGAGGAAUGUGUCGAGUCACAUUGCCGUUCGUGAAGAUUACAGGCAAAUUCUCCGCGAGAGAAAUUGUUUGAGUGUCUUACUGCAGCACCUGAAGUCCCCGAGCUUAACGGUGGUAAGUAAUUCUUGCGGUACUUUGUGGAAUCUCUCUGCAAGGUGUCCUCAAGAUCAAGAGUUCUUAUGGGACCACGGGGCGGUACCGAUGCUUAGGAGUCUCAUUCAUUCCAAACAUAAAAUGAUAGCCAUGGGCUCGAGUGCCGCUCUCAAAAAUCUACUCAACUCUAAACCUGGAAAAAACCACAUUAUCUCGUUAGACGCCACAGCAAGAAGUAUGAAUCUUCCGGCACUACCUACCCUUGGCGUAAGAAAACAAAAAGCAUUGGAACAAGAAUUGGACCAAAAUUUAGCUGAAACUUGCGACAACAUCGAGCCAGUCACAUCACCUACAACAAGUAAUAGAGAAGAGAAGAACCUCUUCACAGCUACUGAGAGACAGAUGGCUAUGAAUCUGGAAAGACACAGGAUGUCAUCCAGUUCUCCUUUGAUGGGGACUCUAGCAUCGCAAAUAUCGUUAAGCCAUAGUGCACAUCUAGCGAGCUACCUGAGUUGCAGUAACACUUUAUUGAAAGGCGCGCUGGUUACGCGCUCCACGACUGGCGGAAGUUCUACUAAUGUUAACAGAUCUGAGAGCAAAGACUCUGUCACAAGCACACAUUCAGACUCUAUUUUUGAAAGAGUAAUGCGCACUGGGAAGGUACCUGUACCGACACCGAGAAAUAAAGACUUGAUGAAAGGAGAAAGAUUGAGCGACGCUUUUAAAGCAGGGUCGAAAGUGAAUGCUAAAGACGGCAGUUUUCUCCGGUACCCCACUCAACCGCCUAUACCACCUCCGAGGAGUUCAACGGAUAUGAGAACAAACUACACAGAAUCUGGUUAUGACGUCGACCAAGAUUCUUGCGACCAACCAGUUGAUUAUAGCCGAAAGUACUCAGAAACCAAGACAAACGAAUCUGAAUCCAUUGAUAAUAAAUCAAAAUCUUCAGAGGCGGGUAAAAAGUAUUCUAAGAAGGAACCGAAUACAUUUGGGGACUACCAGGAGACUGACCUGGAUCAGCCCACUGAUUACUCAUUACGUUACGCUGAACACCAAUCGGAGACCGGUUCAGAUUUAUCAGAGCCUCCGGGCCCGUCCGACACUAUCAAGCACUUUGCGACAGAAGGAACACCCUAUGAAACUCCUGUUGUAUUCUCAACAGCAACGUCAAUGUCUGACCUUCGAGUGAUCGGUAAAGACGGUAAACAGAAGACUACGCCGAACACGAAGGAACACCCAGAAGCUAUGACUCAUUCGGACGAGAAGGACACAUGUUCGAUAGAAGAUCCACCUAGACAUGACAAUGACAGAGCAGCGACCACGCCCCAAGCCUCAUCUGUUACUGAAACUAACCAGAAGAGGGAAGUCUUUGACACCAAGUUUAGUUCGGGGAUGAUAAGUCCCGAGAAACCAGUGAACUAUUGCGACGAAGGCACGCCAGGGUGUUUCUCGAGAGUCAGUUCCCUUAGCAGUGUUGGAGAACCUACUGAGGAAGACAGUAUAGCUAAAAAGAAUGCAAUGGCUACUAUCAACGUGGAGCCGAGCCCUCAAGAACCUAGCUCUGGCAGUAUUUCUAAAGACAAAGAAGGUUCGAAGGCGGUGACGUUCGCGUCGGAGCCGACGUCGCUGGGCGCCGGCUCGCCGCGGUUCGUGGAGGACACGCCGCUCAUGUUCUCGCGAUCCAGCUCGCUGGGCUCGCUGCCCGACUGCGGCCCGCACGACGACCAGGGAUCCGUUUUGUCGGAAUUCAGUCGGCUGCCGUCCGGGUGCAUCUCCCCGAGCGAGAUUCCGGACUCGCCCGGCCACAGUGUGCCCGGAUCCCCGCCCACCCUGGCCACGCACGAGCCCGAAGCGCCGCCCGAGGCCCAGGAGGCGGCGCCGUCCGUGUUCGAGGAGCGCGUGUCUCGCUUCGUGCUGGAGCACACGCCCGCGCAGUUCUCCGCCGCCACCUCGCUCAGCAGCCUCACCAUCGACGACGAGCCCCCGCAAUCUAUACAGCUGGCUGGCAGUAUGACGCGGCGGGACAACAACGCGACCACCGCGGGUCAAUUGGAUAUCAGUUCGCAAGGAGACAGAGUUGAUACACAACCUCGACCAGUCGCCAACGACAGUUCUAAUGCGAUAAAAGGCACGCAAACGCCCAGCGACGUUUGCAAGGUGUACUUCACGGAGGACACGCCGGCCGUGUUGUCGAAGGCGGGCAGCAACUCGAACCUGUCAGCGCUGUCCAUCGAGUCGACCGCGCAGCCGCCCGCCAACGACUCGUCCGACAGCUCCAACCUGAGCGACGCGGGGGAUCUACUCGAGGAGUGCAUACAGAAGGGAAUAGCCAAGGUGGUGAAAAACAAGGGUCCGCCCUCAGAUAUCUCGCCUGUCAACUUGUACUCGAGGGACGAUGUAUAUCGAUCACUUCCACCGUAUCUGCGCUCUUCCACUGAAACGGUCAAGUUGUCCCACGAACAUACUAGGAGUGUUCGCGACAGCAGCAGCGCGAGUCCGCCGCCGCUGCCGCCCAAGAUGGCGCCUGAUGCGCCGCCGCCGCCUCCGCCAAGACCUCAGCCGCAGCCGCAGCAUGGCCGAAAACAUGAAAGUCGUCUGCCAGUUAAAACUCAAAGAAACUCACAUGAGAAGCCCAAGUUGCCUGUUACAACUAAUUUACUGAGGAACGAUUCCCAGAGCUCCCUGAGCUUGGACUCCUUCGGCUCUACCGACAGGGAAAUAUUCGAAGAGACAGUGAAGGCCGGACUGUCAAGUGUCAACCCGCGAGCGACCUACGCCCUCGAGAGCAGCAAGGGCAAAGCGCACUCGGUCGAGAGGCCGGCCGAGGCGACGCGGCACAGCCGGCAGCACAAGUCUCUCGACAGGAGCGACAAAAUUGCACAGCACCGGCCCAAGGUCAGGGACCCCGAGUUCGAGAGGAACCUCGCGGCCGGCGCGUACAGCCUGAAGCCGUCGAGCAAGCUGCGGCAGCUCGACGAGGCCGGCGCCGCGGGCCCGCCGGCCGCGCGCCGCGACCGCAGCAGCUCGCUGUCCUCGCUCAGCAACGACUCGUUCGGCUCCACCGACAUGGAGGUGUUCGAGCGCAGCGUGCGCCUCGGCAUGGCCCGGGCGCAGCCGCGGCGGCGCGACGCCGGCCGGCGGCGGCGCGGCGGCGGCGGCGGCGGCGGCGGCGGCGGCGGCGGCGGCGCGCUCGAGCGCAUGCUGGGCGACGAGUACUCGCUGCUGCAGGAGACCAUCGCGCGCGGCGCCGGCGAGCUGCGCGCCGCGCCCGCGCCGUCAAAAAACGAGCCGGCGCCGUCUGCGGCCCGCGCGCCCGCAGGCGGCCGCGCCGCCACCGCGCGCACUGGCUGUGACGCCUCCAACGAGGACCUGGCCGCCGACACCACCGCCGGCCACGACGACCUCGACGUCUCCAACGAGUCGUACGCGGACGUGCUCGACGGCUCGCUGUCGGACGCCGGCUCGGCGCCGCGGCCGCCCGCGCGCCGCCCCGACACCUGGGACGACAACACGUGCCCCGACGACGUCACCUUCCCGACCAUCAGCGGCUCCGUGCACAUGGUGUCGUCGAUCCGGAGCGAGGUCGUCGACGCGGCCGUCGCGCUGCCGGACCUGCUCGAGAAGAGCGGAGGCACCGCCUCGUCGCGCCCCGACCUCACCGACAGGCUGGGCGAGGAACCCGGCGAGCCCCAACGUCUGCGGCCUGAACCCGAGAACGGCGUGCUGCUGGGCGACGUCCUCGAACCGAGCUUCGCGUCGUCGGUCGACGACGGGGAACAGAGGUUCGACUCUAUAAUGUCUUCCGCUAUCGAGAAGGAGGCCGCCAGGCUAGCCGCCCAGCUGAAGAACUCGCAGUAUGAAAUGGAGAACAGUGUCACGUCGCUGACGUCGCUCGACUUGGACAACGUGAAGCCGCCUUCCAAUCUGGGCAGCCUGUUGUCGCUGAGCGCUUCCGGACAGUGGGAGGAGUCGUCGGCUCAGGUAUCCAAAAAGUCGCAGCGCAGUCGCAAGAAAUCUUUACCUGUCGCUCUGAUGGUGAAACGAGCACUGAGCAACUCCUUCAAUCAAGGCAGCUCAGAACAUUUGGACAGCAACCCUGUUAGUUUCUUAGAUAACGUAAAACCUCCCUCGGAAAUGGAAAACCUCGACAUGGAAAGCAGCAUGGUCUCGGUAUCCAGUAUAGUGUCAGAAAUCGCGGAGGUUAAGGAAAAAACUCCUGUAGUCUUUGAUUUCAAACAGCCAAUACAAGACUUCCCUCUUUACCAUAAUUUCACAACAGUCUUCCAAGACCUAGAUAAAGUUAAUCCUCCAUCUUUGUUCGACGAAAUGGCAGAAUCUACAUUGGAGAUAGAUCAAACCACCGCACAGCAAGUUCUAGAUGAUUAUGUCUCUAAUACCCUAAAUGUUGUAACUGAUAUACCUUCAGGAUCCGAAAAUUGCACCCCUAUACCAUCUGAUAUUAGUAGCGUGGAAUCUACACCCAAAAAGCAAAGGAGUUCUAAAUAUUUAACACCAAAAGAAAAAAGAAAUGCGUCCAAAGAUAGAUACCAAACAUACACGAUAACAGACAGUGUGACAGAGAACGAAAUAGUUCCAGAAGUUGAGGAAGAAUUCGUGACUUGGACCAAAUCGGAGAGCGACGCGAGCGGCCCCUCUGACGAGUACUUAACUGCUACAUCAGAUUCGAAAUCUAAACGGAAAAUGAGUGCCAAACAAAGAAGAUUAGAGGACAGGGCUAGAUACCAAACCCAGACUGUGAACAUUCAUAAUAUUUUAGCCCAGGAAUCAUCUCAGAUUAAAGCAGAUUCCAAUAUAGAAAAUCUGAAACAGCGUCUAGCAGCAAAAAAGACAAUGAAACAGAAGCGUUUAGAAGAUACUGAAAGAUUCCGAACUCGAACACUGAGCGAAGACAUCCCUCCAUCGCCGACAUUCGUCACGAAAGAUGCCAACUUCGAAAAUGUUGAGACAACCACUGGUUACGACAGUUUAUCUUCCAAUGAAAUGAACCAUCAGCAGAUACUGGACGACAAGCACAGGGACGAUGAUGUAUUCUCCAGAGACGCUGACAGCGGCCACAACGAGGACGACUUCGAAUUGAAUUCGACGCAAAUGCAAACAUACACGAAGAGUUUCAGGAAUUACUUGCCCGUUAUUGAGAGCCCGGCAUCCGUCGACCUAUGUGUCGUUAACAACCUCAAGAACAUAGAGAUGACCGCUUCUUAUAGACGAACUUUACAAAUGCAAAGUGACAAGAACCAGAACCCGAGUAGCAGUGACUUCGCUAGCUACGAAGGCGACAGCAACUCCGAGGACAGGGUUCAGUCCGAAUCGGACCCGGAAACGCCCAUGUCUCGACCAAAACCCAAAAUAAUUAAGCCAUCACGUCGAGAUGAAAGUUUAGAUAGCAAUGACUCGCUCGAAAAGGAGCAAGAUCUAGCUCCUAAAGUCGUAAGGGGUAGGAAAAAGGCCAUGUACGUCUCGCCUUAUAGAAGAAACGUUUCUGCGACUAAGAAACCAACAACACCGCCCGUUAAAACUACAACAAAACCAACGCAUCCCGUGAAAGGCACUACUUACACUGCCAAAGCGCAUACCAGUGCCAAAACUCCGAAUAAAACUCCGACAUCUUCCAAACCACCCAGUGCUAAUACAUCUCCCAAAAAGUCUCUUGUAAACAAGUCGCCUUCCAAAACUGCUCAGCAAAAGACCGUGGCGAUACCUCUCGUUGCUACUAAACCAUUGCCACUGGAAAGACAAGGUACAUUUACUAAAGAAGAUAGUACUGUUCCACCUAAAGAUCUUCCAGUGCCCGACAAGAAGAACGCUCCUAGAUUUGCGAAAGCCACGUCUCCGACCAAAACCAAUCCUAAUACGUCCCCAUCUAGAUUACCGCAACUGAGUCGAUAUUCGCGACCGCAGGCGAACAGAACAAAUCAAACUAAACAGCCAAAUAAAGCGACCAACACGAAACGGCAGCCGGAACCGGCUAUGAGAAAUUCGCCUUCGAACCACAGUCUACAAAGCAACGAAAGUGGAAAAACGAUAACGUUAGCAUCCCGUGGAUCAAGGCAGGGUAGCACGUCUAGUGUCAACUCCAUUCAGUCAUCGAAAACAAAGGACGUCGAGAGUAAAAUAGCUAAUCUGUGGAAGAAGGUCGAGCAGACCAAGAAACAGCCGGCGAAACCUGACAAGAGAGUGUGGAUAGAGAGUGACAAGACUGAAACUCCAAAACUGAUAAGGAGUUCGACAUUCGAAGGACAACCGAAACAGAGCCAGGUGUCGUCGGCGCCCAAACAAAAAUCCGCUAUUGGCAUAAGGGUGUCGCAGAUACCGAGUUUACGGCCCAAGUCCACGCCGGCGAAGCCUACAGGCCAAGUGACUAAUGUAAAGAAGCCAAUUAAUACGAGAAUAUUUACUAGAAAACCUGUCAAUGGGCAGUCAACGUAAGCAAAUGAAUAUUUCGGAAUAUAUAAGCAUGUAUGACUGUGGACUCUAUCGACAGUUUUUGAAUUUUUGAGUUGUUUUAUUUGAUUAAAAAGAUACAAACUUUUGUUAUACUUUAAAAAGUAAUCCUAACAACUGAUUAUUGAUGUGUGGUCAAUUAAUGAAUGUAUUGGCUUUAUAUUUGGUGAUUAUAAAAGUAAUACGAAACAGUAUUGAUUACUGUUAAUCUAUGAUUAGGUAAAUUAAUUAGUUAUUAUAUCUUUAAAACGCAAUGGGUUGGUUGUUAAUUAUAGGUAUAUACGAAAUUAGACUAAUGGAUGUAUUGAAUUGGUACUGAAAUAUUUAUUUAGCUAUUGACAACGUCUUUAAAUGAAACCAAAUUAGUUUAAUUUAAUUUCGUAUAAUUUUGUAUAUUUUUUUGCAUUUACUCAUAUAGGGAUUAAUUUACUUUUACAUGACCAACACAUUUGUAUUAAUUAUAACAAGCAAAGACAAAUUCUUUUACUAUAUUGGCUGAAUGUUCAAUAUAUUAUUAUGUAAUGUUAACAUCACUUGAUAUAUUUAUGUGUGACGAUAUAUUUAUAUACUGGAAUAAUAAAUGCCAUGCUUAUAAUGUCUGGUGUAAUGUAAAAAAACUGAUAAGAAAUAUCGAUAUUCGAAGCCAUAUCUAAAUAUUGUACAUUAUGUCAUGGCCAUAUGUCCGAUACGAACAACGUCACAGAAAUAACUUGCAUUUUAUUAAAUGUAAAUUAAGAACAAGCUUACCAAUAAUUAUAACUCAUAUUUUCUCAUCACAGUUUGUGUUAUAUUGUACCAAUUAAUUUUUGGUCGGGAAAAUUGUAUUUUUCUUGCUGGAAAUUAUUGGGUAACUAUGGUAAAAUUUAACACAAAUACUUGUUUGUAAAUACUUUUCAUGGAAAAUUCUAGAUGGUAAGUUUUACCCGUACAGUUUGUAUAUUUUUUCAUGUUAUUAUUAUAAAAUGGGAACUGCUGCGACUCUACCGAGUGAAAAUGCAGGCAUUUGUAUAAUGUCGUAAUUUUUUACGUCUAGUCAGUUAAACGAGUAAGCGAAGGGAAUUAGUUUCGACUAAGGAUCGUAGUUUUUACAUAAACGGAACCGAUGUCGGCCACACCAUUGCAUUGUACCGUAGAUUUAUAUUAGCUGGCUUCCUGUAGUUAAUGCUCUCUGCUUUUUUUUCUAAUUUUUAUUAUCAGACAUGCGAUGGUGCCCAGGAUGUGUCCAAUGGUUGUUGAACAUUCGAUCAAACACCAUUGGAUGGGUCCAGGUGAAUAUUCAUUAAAUAUCAACAUAUUUUAGCAUAAUAUAUUGAUGUAGUCGCUUCAUACCCAAUGUGUAUGUUGACAAAAGAUACCCAGUUCCAUAUUUAGCAGUUGAGGGCAUAAUAUUUAAUUAAAAUUAUUGUUCUGUUUGCAAUAAUGCAAUUUAAGGAUUUUCCCACUGAUGUAGUAAAACCGCCAUUAUUUCCAUGUUAAAAGCCAGUUUAUGUUAAAUUAAUACUUAUUUAGUAAUAAGAUAAGUAACUAAAUGGUAAUAAAUGAUAUUUACCGGG